AUGAACGUGCCGUCGAUCUUGAGACGUGAAAUCGAUUGCAAACAGACGGCAGUCAGAGCAGUUAGAUUUAAUGUCGAUGGGAACUACUGUUUGUCAUGUGGUGCUGAUAAAACUAUAAAGCUUUGGAAUCCAUAUACAGGUGCUCUGUUGAAAACAUACUCUGGGACUGGAUGGGAAAUUUUGGACGCCCAAGGUUCUUGUGAUAAUUCGCAGAUACUUGCGGGAGGCCUCGAUAAGCAGCUAAGUGUUUUUGACGUCGAAACCGGCAAGCUUACGCGUCGUUGGAGAGAACAUAACGGUGCUGUAAAUAGUGUUUCAUUUAAUGAUGAAUCAACUUUGGCUUUCUCGGGCUGUCAAGACGGAUGUGUGAGAUGUUUUGAUAUACGUGACAAAAGUGGCCCGGUUCAGAUACUUAAUGAAGCAACUGAUGCGAUUUUGUCAGUGGACGUUGGAAAAUACGAAAUUGCUACAGGUAGCGCAGAUGAUUAUUUGCGUGUUUAUAAUGUUCGCGAUGGGACUAUGACUAUGGACUUUCUUGGUGAAAGUGUCACUUCUGCACAUUUUUCUGGUGACGGACAAUGCGUUUUGGCUUCAACAAAAAAUGGCUUUGUGAGGUUAAUGGAUAAAUCGAACGGUCAACUUCUCGCUGAUUAUGUGGGGCACAAGAAUAAUGAAUAUCGUAUAGAAAGUUGUUUGCUCUCGACAGAUGCUCACGUCGUGAGCGGUUCAGAAGAUGGUAAUGUCUAUAUCUGGGAUUUGAUAGAGAUGGUCGUCUUAUUCCGACUUCACCAUGAAACCAAAAUAGUUCAUUCUGUAUCUGCACAUCCUACCAAAUCAUUUCUUCUUUCUGCUUCUGGCAGUAAAGUAUUUCUUUGGGAACCAGCUUCUCUAGCUGAAUAA